CUCGCUCAAGAGCGCGAUGACUGAAAUCUUUCACUAUCCUGAAGAAAAGGUUUUCAAGGCAUUCGUAUGGUCAAAAACAUUUGUUUUCUAUGUAAUCACCGUGGUCUUUCUCUUCCUCGCACCGAUUAUAAUCCUUUGUAACCUGAAAUAUAUUUGGAUAGAUUUCAAAUAUAUUCCUGUCAAUAUGGGUCCCUGUUUCCCUGAAAUAAGUCAGUCACUUGUUUGGAUUUAUACUGCUGAUGAUCAACAUCAGAUUAGCUCCAACUUCUGGUCCGGAAUGGACUUAAAUUGGAAUACUUUUAGAAAUGAAUUUAUUAGUAUUGAAGAUAACCACUUCCUAUCUGGAUCAUUAACCUACUUCAGCCAUGAAGAUCCUGUCCCGUGGCCAUCAAAACAUGUCGGGAAACUAAAUUAUAAGGCAAUUGAAAUUUCGAUCGAUAUAUUUAAUGUUACCAGUCUCAAGAUAAUGGGGAAGCGUCUUUUUAUCCCGAUAACUUGUGGUUUGCGACAAAACAAUAAUGAGUUCUCACUGAACGUGACUGGAUUAAUAUGGAGUGAAUUCAUUUCCCAAACAUCAAUAACUGAUCUGUUUAUUCAAAGUGAACUGACUAUAAAGCAAACACAAUCGAUUAAAUUGCACGGAAUGGAUCCAAUAGAAAAGGAGUACUACAUGAGACCUGUAAUAAAUAUGAAAACUGUACGUUAUAAUUCAAUAAUUUCUAACUUAAACGAUGCAAUGUAUGAUCUGAUGGAUAGAAAUUUGACCCUUCAUCUCGGGAAAACACAUCGCUUUAUGUCAACUAGAGAAACAGAUGCCCAACCAUCAGAAUCAUUUCAUAUUACAUUGGUAAUAAAUCUUCCAGAGCAAGAAGUAUUAUUUGAAACACCAUUUAUUCAUAGAUUAAAAUGGGCAUAUAUCUUUUACAUUGGUAUAUGGAUUAUAUUUUAUUGGCCAAUUCAAUGGUUACAACGUUGGGUAUUUGAAAAACGUCGAUUGAUGAUCUGUGAUAAUUUAGUUGAAUUUAAACAACCAUCAGCGAAUGUUUACUUAAGUCAAUUGAAGAAUGAAUGGUGAUGAUGAAUGGACAACUUUCUAUGAUACAAGUUCACAAGAUGAAUAAAAGUGGACACUAAUUUCUAUCCAUCUCAAACUCAAUGAAAUACAUUAAUCAUAUACAAUAGAGUAUACAAUAUCUGAAGAAUAUCACUGUACAUUGUUCUAAGUAUGUGUACAUAAAUAUAUAUUUAUCUAUAGCUUUUUUCUAAAGAGAAAUGUUUGACGAAUUGACUUUGCUUUGGAUAUUUGCCGUAAUUCACCACUCAAGUGCGACUUGGAACCUGACACAUAUGUACACCAAUUCAAGUUAUCAUAUCACACUGGUACAUCAGUACAACAAAGCAUUUUCACUUAUUACAUAAUGAAAUAAUGUAUGAUUUCUUUGCAGAUUAAUGGAUGCUUAUUAUUUAUUUUAACACAUAGAUAUUGGUUUUCGCAGGAUACUCAAGUACAUGUGCACCAUUGAUUUGGGGUCCGGUUAAAGCGCCGGACGUUCACUUUUCGUCCUCUUAUUUUCGUAAACAACACCCGUGGUGCGAGAAGGCAGUGAGUAGGACUUCCCUGUCAGAGGCUGUAUACGCGUAGUCAUGUGAGAGCAUUUCGAGAGGGAGAGCGGACUCUUUCCACUUUUGGCCGUACCAGGACAUUUGGGGGCUAAUGGAUGUGUAUUGCUGAGUAGCCCCAUACUGAGAAAAAACGGUCAUACAGUGCUUCGAAAUUUUAAAUUAUUGUUUGACUCUGAUCGGUUCGCGAAUUCAAUGAAAUUAAACAAUCUCCAUAACCCUACACUGACAAUAAAUGAUCUCAUUGACAUACCUUACUUUUAUUUACAGUAUUACUCGUAUUGUUAAAUUAUACAUAGUCAUUAAAUACUUUCAGUUAUAAAAAACUACUAUACAUUGUCUGUUUACUGAUCCCAUAACAUGGCUCAUUCCGAGUAAUUUUGUUCAUUUAAUAUAGAUAGAUAGAAGUGAUAGUGGAACCAACAAAUACGUAAUGCUAGAAAUGGUCAACUUACAGAAUGACUCACUAUUUAAGUGGUCCGGACCUGUAUAAGAUAUAUUCUUAACUACCACUGAUUGUCCCAAAGCACAAUUCUAUCUGGAUUUUUAGUAGGUCAACCAAUUAGUCCGUUGUAUACAACGCAGAAACUGAUAUUUAUGUACACAUAAGUUCAAGUUACCACAUCCCAUUAGCACGAGAUAAAAAUUCUAAAACAGAUCCCAGAGUAAUAGAAGUGGUUAGGAGAGAGAAAUGAGCGGUAUAAUGAAGUGAUGGAAUCAGUUUAUGAAAUCACAUGGGUUAGUUGUACACUUUAGGUUGGAGGAGAAUCUGCCAGCUAAUUCUGAUCUAUCCCUAGAGAUAUCACGAAGUGACAUUACGGGUUAAUGAAAAUGAUCUCAAUCGCAUACAGUUGC